GUGGCCAAGGACCUGGGGCUGGAACUCUCGGCGCUCCAAGACCGUGGCGCCCGCAUCGUAGAUAAAGGUAGGAAGAACUAUUUUUCUCUGCAUGAGAGAACCGGCCAUUUAGUGACGGCGGAACGCAUAGAUCGGGAGCAGCUCUGCGGACGGUUGCAGACGUGCCUGAUAAAUCUAGAAAUCUUAGUCGAAAUCUCCAUAAGACUUUUCAAAGUGGAGAUAGAAAUCACCGAUCUAAAUGACAAUGCUCCCAAGUUCCAGGAAGAUAAGCUGCAGUUACGAGUGAGUGAAACUGCAGCUGUGGGAACGCGGUUCCCACUGGAAGAAGCACAAGACGCGGACGUGGGGCUGAAUGCGCUGCAGCGCUACGAGCUGAGCGGGGACGAGCACUUCUCUCUGGCCGUUCAGAAGGCACCCGAAGGGGAGAAACGUCCCGCGCUGGUGCUGGCGAAGGCACUGGACCGCGAGGAAGCUGCCUUUCACGAGCUUGUGCUUUCGGCGGUGGACGGCGGGGAUCCAGCGAGGACGGGCACGGCGCGGAUCCGUGUGGUCGUGCUGGACGCAAACGACAACGCGCCGGUGUUCAGCCAGGCGGUGUACACGGUGCGUGUGAGGGAAGACGUGCCGGUUGGCUCCGUCCUGCUCGCCGUGAACGCCACGGAUGCGGACGAGGGCACCAAUGCAGAACUCAGCUACUCUUUACUAAAGACGUCCGGCGGAGCAUCGCGACUUUUUCAGGUACACUUCCGCACCGGGGACCUCACGACGGCGGGGAGCCUGGACUACGAGGAAGCGCCUUUCUAUGAGCUGGAGGUGCAGGCGAAGGAUGGCGGGGACCUUUCAGAAACGACAAAAGUCCUGGUGAACCUGAUCGACGUCAAUGACAACGCACCUGUAAUCACCGUGACAUCUGUCCUGAGCUCUGUUUCGGAGGACAGCCCCCCGGGGACUGUAAUCGCUUUGCUAAAUGUGAAAGAUGAAGAUUCAGGGGUGAGUGGGGAGGUCAGACUGUCCCUCGCCGACACGCUCCCCUUCCGCCUGGAGAAGUCCUUUGAGGACUACUACAGCGUGGUGACAUCGAGGGAGCUGGACCGCGAGGCGGUGGCGGAGUACAACGUGACGGUGCGCGCGACGGACGGCGGGUCGCCCGGCGAGGCGGGCGGCAGCGUGACGCGCUGGCUCGUGGUGGCCGUGGCGGCCGUGGGCUGCCUCUUGGUGGCCUUCCUGCUGGCGCUGCUGGCGCUGCGCCUACGCCAGUGGCGCCGCUCCCGCCUGCUGGCCGCGGGCAGCGGGGCCUUGCGCGCCGUGCCGGCCUCGCACUUCGUGGGCAUCGACGGCGUGCGCGCCUUCCUGCACUCCUACGCGCACGACGUCUCGCUCACCGCCGACUCGCGCAAGAGCCAGCUCGGCUGUCCGGGCGGCAGCUGCUGCAACACCCUCCCGGCCGCGCCGCCGCCCGACAAAGGCGCGCCGCUGCUGCUGCCCGAAGAGCCCUCGAGCGCCCGCGGCGACGGCGACAGCGGAGACGCCCUCCUG